CCCGUGUCUCUCAGCUGCGUCUCCCGUUCCCGGACGAGGGCUUGGUCUAUGACUAUCGUCUUGACGACGGCGGAUUCAGCGGCCGCGCUGGAGGCCGAGACGAGGGGGAGGAGGAGGGGGAGGAGGCUUCGCGUCACCAGGUGCGAUGGGUGGGAUGGAUGGUGGGGGUGGCGGAGUUGACGGUGGCACCGGGCACUCCCUUCGCUGACAUUGUGGUGCCCACCAUGGACACAGUGAGGAUGUCUCACCUUCUUCACCUGCUGCUCACCAACCACAAGCCGGCACUGUGUGUAGGACCCACUGGCACUGGCAAGUCCCUCACUCUCUCGUCCCUGCUGCUGGCUGGGAUGCCGGCCUCGUUCGUCACUCACUUUCUCAGCUGCUCGGCGCGCACCACCGCUGCACAGACACAGGAGUUUGUGGACAGCAAGAUGGACAAACGGCGUAAGGGAGUGUUUGGCCCGCCGCUGGGCAAGCGCCUCGUGCUGUGUGUGGAGGACGUGAACUUGCCGGGCCCGGACGCCCACGGAGCCCAGCCGCCCCUGGAGCUGCUGCGGCAGCUCGUUGAUCAGGGCGGGUGGUACGACGUGGCACACAUCGGUGAGUUCCGUCAGCUGGUGGACACCACGGUGGUGUGUGCCAUGGGCCCUCCCGGCGGGGGUCGCCACUCCGUGAGCCCACGCUUCCAGCGACACCUCCACCUCCUCGCCUUCCCGCAGCUCGGCGACGACAGCCGCGGCGCCAUCUUUGGCACUAUCCUGCGCAGCUGGACACGGUCCGUGCCGGCCCUGCACGGCGCUUCCGAGAUGCUGGUGGACUCCACGAUGGCCGUGUAUGCGGCCGUGUCGGCCCAUCUGCUGCCCACGCCUGCCCGCUGCCACUACACCUUCAACAUGCGCGACCUCUCGCGCCUCUUCCAGGGAAUCCUCAUGGCAGACGUCGACAGGGUGAAGGACGUGCCGGCUCUGCUGGGCCUGUGGCACCACGAGUGCUGUCGCGUCUUUGGUGACCGCCUGGUUUGUGACGUGGACCGCUCCUGGCUCGCCGGGCAGCUGGAGCGUCGCAUCGCCGGCGACUUUGGCGUGCCGCUCCUGGCGGCCGUGCCGGGCCAGCCGCACCUCUACGGGGAUUUCGCUGGGCCCGGCGGGGAGCGGAGCUACCGGCUGAUGCCAGACUACCAGCGGGUGUUGCGGGUGAUGCAGGAGGCGCUGGAGGAGUACAGCGCCUCGCGGCCGGUGCCCAGCCCGCUGGUGCUGUUUGAGGCGGCCGUGUGCCACACGUGCCGGCUGGCACGGGUCCUGCGGCAGCCCCUGGGCAGCGCCCUGCUACUGGGCGUGGGCGGCAGCGGGCGGCAGUCGCUCGCCCGCCUCGCCGCUCACCUGUGUGAGUAUGAGUGCGUGCAGAUUGAGCUCACCAAGAGCUACGGGGUGUCGGAGUGGCGACAGGAUCUCCAGCGCGUCAUGUUAAAGGCCGGGGUGGACAAUAUCCACGUGGCCUUCCUGCUCACCGACACGCAGAUCACGAGCGAGUCGUUCCUGGAGGACGUGAACAGUUUGCUGAACUCGGGCGACGUGCCGGGAGCCCUGGGCGUCGAGGAGACGGACUCCGUGCUGUCGGCCAUGCGGCCGCUGGUGCUGCACCAGGGCCUGGUGCCCAGCAAGUCGAACCUCCUGGCCACCUUCGCCCGGCGGGUUCGCUGCAACCUGCACAUCGUCCUGUGCAUGAGCCCCAUGGGCGAGGCGUUCCGUGCCCGGCUCCGCCGCUUCCCAUCGCUCGCCAACUGCUGCACCAUCGACUGGUUCAGCGAGUGGCCGCACAGCGCACUGGCCGCCGUGGCUAGCAGCCACCUCACGGAGACGGAGGCCGGCGUGUUGGCGGGCGACUCGCAGGCGCUGGUGCAUGCGUGCGUGCGUAUGCACCAGUCUCUGAGCGAGGCGUCCCUGCGUCUCCGCGCCCAGCCGGACCGUGGUGCCGGCGGCAGCGGCGUGACGCCCACUGCCUUCCUGGAGCUGCUGGGCACCUUCAGGCGCCUGCUGGCGCUCAAGAGCGGCGACAUCCGUGGGGCACGCGCACGCAUGCAGGGUGGCCUGGAUAAGCUGUUACAGACAGCACAGGACGUGGCUGGCCUACAGCAGGAGCUGGAGGCGAUGAAGCCGCAGCUUCUGGAAGCUGCGCGGGAGACGGAGCUCACCAUGGAGAAGAUUACGGCGGAGGUGGCGCUAGCCGAGGAGUCUCGCCGCUCCGUGAGUGAGGAGCAGCACAAGGCGAGCGCCAGCGCGGCUCUGGCGCAGGAGAUGGCCGACGAUGCGGAGCGGGACCUCGCGCAGGCCCUGCCAGCGCUGGAGGCGGCGCUCGGCAGCCUCAAGGAGCUCAACAAAACCGACGUGACGGAGGUGAGGGCCAUGCAGCGCCCUCCGCCGGGCGUGCGCCUGGUGCUGGAAGCGGUGUGCAUCAUGAAGGCUGUGAAGCCCCGCAAGGCGCCCCCCGCUGACAAGGCCGGGCCCCGCCUCCACGACUACUGGGAGGCGGCCCGCGGGCUCCUGCAGGACCCAGGUCGCUUCAUCGACGGCCUGCUCAGCUACGACAAGGACAACAUCCCUGAGGCGGUGAUCCGCCAGGUGCAGCCGCUCAUGGACGCGGAGGACUUCCAGCCGGCGGCCAUCGCCAGGGUGUCCAAGGCGUGCACCUCCAUCUGCCUGUGGGUGCGUGCCAUGUACCAGUACCACCACGUGGCGCACGCCGUGCUGCCCAAGCGGGAGGCUCGCCGCGUGGCUCUGCAGGAGCUGGCCGUGAGUCAGGCGGCGCUGUCCCAGGCCCAGCUGCGUCUGCACGAGGUGGAGGCCGGAGUGGCUCGCCUGAGGGCCGGCCACACCGAGGCCACGGAGCGCCGGGAACUGCUGCAGGCCCGGAGCGACCAGUGUGAGGGACGUCUGGGCAGGGCCGCACAGCUGAUUGGCGGCCUUGCGGAUGAGAGGGUCCGUUGGAGCGAAGCCAUCAAGGAUCUCGACUGUGCCCUCACCAACAUCGUUGGGGACGUUCUGUUGGCCGCGGGCUUCGUGACCUACCUGGGUCCCUUCACGACAGAAUACCGGGCAUCUCUCACGGGCGAGUGGCUGGCCAUGAUGACGGAUCUGGGAGUGGCGCAUAGCCCCAACUGCAGCUUUGUCACUCUGCUUGGAGACCAAAUCCUCAUCCGCUCUGCACAUAUGUGUGGUUUACCACGUGACCAGCUCUCCGUCGAGAACUCUGUGAUUGUCCAGCACUCUCGUCGCUGGCCGCUCUUCAUCGACCCGCAGGGUCAGGCCAACCGCUGGAUCAAGAACAAGGAGAGUGACCAGGGUCUUGUCGUGCUCAAGUUGUCCGACCGUGACUUCCUACGCAGCGUUGAGACGGCGAUUCGCUUUGGCAAACCCUGCCUGGUGGAUCACGUGGGGGAACAUCUCGAUCCUGCCCUCGACCCCAUCCUACUCAGACAGACGUUCUCGCUGCAGGCUGGUGGGGUGGUGAUCCGCGUGGGUGACGCGCUGGUGCCCUACCACGACAACUUCAGACUCUUCCUGUGCACCGCCCUGCCCAACCCCCGCUACAGCGCCGAGGUCGCAGCAAAGGUCACGCUGCUGAACUUCACCCUCUCGCCAAGCGGCCUAGAGGACCAGCUGCUGUGCCGCGUGGUGGCCGUGGAGCGGCCCGACCUGGAGGAGGCCCGUGCCCAGCUGAUGGCCUCCAGCGCUGAGACGGUGCGGGAGCUUGGCGCCCUGGAGGAGGAGAUCCUGCGGAGGCUGAGCGGCUCGCGGGGAAACCCCGUCGAUGACGUGGAGCUCAUCGCCGCCCUGCACGCCUCCAAGGGCAAGGCCGCCCAGAUGCAGGCUAAGGUGGUGCGUGCGGCGGCCACGGAGCUGGAGCUGGACCGCGCCCGUGCCCGCUACCUGGCCGUGGCACAGCGGGGCCAGCUGCUGUUCUUCUGCACGACGGCACUCGCCACGGUCGAGUCGAUGUACCAAUACUCGCUAGCGUGGUACCUGGGCAUCUUCACCAGCGCCAUCACCUCCGCUCCACAGGCUGACUCGGUGGAGCUCCGUGUGGGAGCCAUGGUGUCUCACCUCACCCUGGCUCUGUAUCGCUGCGUCUGCCGCGGCCUCUUUGAGGGCCACCGUCUCCUCUUCUCGUUCCUCGUCUGCUCGCGGAUCCUCGCCACGGAGGGGGAGGAUGGCGUGGACCCGGACGAGUGGAGGUUCCUGCUGUCUGGGGGAGCCGUUCCCACCCCUGUGCUCCCCAACCCGGCUCCGCUAUGGCUACCUGAACAAGCCUGGGGAGAGAUCCAGGCCCUCUCAGCGCUCCGCCGAUUCUCGUCGCUGGCUGCAGAUUUCGGAGCCAACGCCGGCCACUUCCAGGCGGUGUUCGAAAGCCCCGAGCCACAGAGAGUUCCACUGCCAGAGCCAUGGGCAUCGCGUCUCCACCCCUUCCAGCGGCUCCUCCCGUUGCGUUGCCUCCGCUCGGACGCCCUCGGCGGGGCCAUGCAGCGGCUGGUGGCCGAGACCCUGGGGCCCGAGUUCGUGGAGCCCGUGGUGUCCGACCUGGCUGCGGUGUUUGCCGACGCGUCUCCCACCGUGCCGGUGCUGCUGCUGCUGUCCGCCGGCACCGAUCCGGCGUCGGCCCUCGCCACCUACGCCCAGGAGCGGCGAUUCGCCAAGAAGCUGAACGCCGUCUCGCUGGGACAGGGACAGGGUCCGAGGGCGGAGGCUCUGAUGCGAGCGUCGAUGGAGCGUGGACGCUGGCUGUUUCUACAGAACUGUCACCUGGCUCCCAGUUGGAUGCCCACACUCGAGACCCUCGUCAGCAGCAUCGAGCCGGACAAGGUGCACAGAGACUUCUGUCUCUGUCUUACCAGUCUUCCCAGUCCACAUUUCCCAGUCGCCGUGCUACAGAACUCCUCCAAGAUGGCCCUGGAGCCUCCACGCGGCCUCCGGAACAGCCUCGUGAAGGCCUUCACCGGCGUGGGUGAGGAGUUUGUGUCCUCCUGUGCCAAGCCGAACGAGCUGAAGUCUCUGCUGCUAGCUCUGUGUCUGUUCCACGGCGUGUCUGUGGAGCGCCGUCGCUACGGACCGCUGGGGUUCAACGUCCCCUAUGAGUUCACGGAGGGCGACCUCGCCAUCUGUGUGAGCCAGCUGCACAUGUUCUUGGGAGAGUACAACAGCGUGCCCUUCAAGGUGCUCAAGUUCACAGCCGGGCAGAUCAACUACGGCGGGCGCGUGACGGACGACUGGGAUCGCAGGACCCUGCUGGACCUGCUGAGCCACUUCUACAGCCCCGAGAGCCUGGUCCCCAGUCACACCUACACAGAGUGUGGGACCUACAGGCAGAUAGCGACUAGCACUGAGCUGUCUGUGAGUAGCACUCAGUCACCUACACACUCACUCACUCACUCACCUACACACUCACCUACAGGCUACUUGCAGUACGCCCGCAGCCUGCCGCUCAGCGACUCCCCGGCUGUGUUUGGCCUCCACCCCAACGCCAGUGUGGCCCUGGCCCGGAGCGACACGGCGGCCUUGCUCGUGGCGCUGCUACGGACGCAGCCGCAGGAAGCAGCCGGUGGUGCCGGUGGUGGUGCCAGGUCACGCGACGAGGUGGUGGAGGAGGUGGCGAGGCACGUGCUCCACGAGCUCCCGGAGCCGCUGGCCGAGCGCGAGCUCAUGGAGAGGUUUCCCGUCCGCUACGACGAGUCCAUGAACUCGGUGCUGGUACAGGAGGUGCUGCGCUACAACCGGCUGCUGGAGGCGGUGCGCUGCAGCCUACAGGCCCUGCUGCGCGCCCUGCAGGGCCUCGUGGUGAUGUCCGCCGAGCUCGAGUUGAUGGCUCACAGCCUCUACAGCAACGCCGUGCCGGCACUGUGGCAGGCCAAGGCCUACCCCUCCCUGAAGCCACUGGCUGCUUGGCUGUGUGAGCUGUGUCGCCGCGUCGACUUCGUGGGCCGCUGGGCGGCCUCCGACGGCCCUCCGGCCUCCUUCUGGAUCGGGGGCCUCUUCUUUCCGCAGGCCUUCCUGACGGGCACCCUACAGAACCACGCCCGCCGCACCGGCACGCCCAUCGACACCCUCUCAUUCACAUUCCAGGUCACUCCGUGGUCGGCCGAGGCCCUGGUGCGGCCGCCAAGCUCCGGCUGCUUCGUCUGGGGCCUCUUCCUGGAGGGCGCCCGCUGGGACACUCCCAGCGGCCUCCUGGCCGAGUCACUGCCUCGGCAGUUGCACACCGCCAUGGCCGUACUGUGGCUCAGGCCUAGUGAGCACCGCCGGCAGCAGCAGCAGCUGCAGGGAGGGCUCAGCGGCGAUGGCGACGAUGGCGACGCAGAAGCCGGAGUCUACCGCUGCCCCGUCUACAAGACACUGGCACGAGCCGGAACCCUGUCCACCACCGGCCACUCCACCAACUUCGUGCUGGCUAUCGACCUGCCGAGUGACCGCAGGCAGAGCCACUGGGUCAAGCGUGGAGUUGCCUUGCUGUGUGCACUCGACUACUAACAGGGUGAAGACCUCUCCCAUCCCCCCAUCCCACUCCUCCCUCCCCUCCCUCCUCAACCUGGGAUCUCACAGCAGCGAUCGUCGUCAUCAUCAUCAUCGUCAUCAUCAUCGUCAUCAUCAUCGUCAU